GAUCAUGGAAAGAUGAAGACACUACAAUAAAAAGAUUUGAAAAUCCUUGUCUCCGUGAGACUCAUCUCCGUCCAGUCAACGGUUGAGAUUCAUUUGACUCCGCAAUCAGGGCGGUGGAUUGAAAUGCCAGCAAAGGAUGAACCUAACCCGCAAUCUAAUCUUGUUACUUAAGGGCAUUUCCGUCAUUAAAUCGCCCCAGCCACCCCUUUUUCUUCUAUAAAUACCAACUCAAUGCUCGCGGCUAGAACUCGCAGCACUUGACAUCAGAUCAAGGCCACCUUAACCCUCGUACGGACCUCCUUUUCUCUGUUGUUCUGUUGUUCUACCUUUCAAGUUUCAAAAGUUUAGAGAUGGCAGAGACAUUUCUGUUUACCUCCGAGUCCGUGAACGAGGGACACCCAGACAAGCUCUGCGACCAAAUCUCCGAUGCUGUUCUUGACGCCUGCCUUGAGCAAGAUCCGGAGAGCAAGGUUGCUUGUGAGACAUGCACCAAAACCAACUUGGUCAUGGUCUUCGGAGAAAUCACCACCAAGGCCAACAUUGACUACGAGAAGAUCGUGCGUGACACCUGCAGGAACAUCGGCUUCAUCUCAGACGAUGUGGGACUUGAUGCCGACAACUGCAAGGUCCUUGUGAACAUUGAGCAGCAGAGUCCUGAUAUUGCCCAGGGCGUGCAUGGCCACCUCACCAAAAGACCUGAAGAAAUCGGUGCUGGUGACCAGGGUCACAUGUUCGGCUAUGCCACCGACGAGACCCCUGAAUUGAUGCCCCUGAGCCACGUCCUUGCAACCAAACUCGGGGCUCGUCUCACUGAGGUUCGGAAGAACGGUACCUGCCCUUGGCUCAGACCUGAUGGCAAGACCCAAGUGACUGUUGAGUAUUACAAUGACAAGGGUGCCAUGGUUCCAGUUCGUGUCCACACCGUACUCAUCUCCACACAACAUGACGAGACUGUCACGAACGAUGAAAUUGCUGCUGAUCUGAAAGAGCACGUGAUCAAGCCCGUGAUUCCCGAGAAGUACCUUGAUGAGAAGACCAUUUUCCACUUGAACCCCUCUGGCCGUUUUGUGAUUGGUGGUCCUCACGGUGACGCCGGUCUGACCGGGAGGAAGAUCAUCAUUGAUACCUACGGAGGAUGGGGUGCUCAUGGCGGUGGUGCCUUCUCUGGGAAGGACCCCACGAAGGUUGAUAGGAGUGGUGCUUACAUUGUGAGGCAGGCUGCUAAGAGCAUUGUGGCGAGUGGACUUGCGAGAAGAUGCAUCGUGCAAGUGUCUUAUGCAAUUGGUGUGCCUGAGCCUUUGUCUGUUUUCGUUGAUACCUACGGAACUGGGAAGAUCCCUGACAAGGAGAUCCUGGAGAUUGUGAAGGAGAACUUUGACUUCAGGCCUGGUAUGAUUUCCAUCAACCUUGAUCUGAAGAGGGGUGGGAAUAGCCGGUUCUUGAAAACUGCUGCAUAUGGACACUUUGGCAGAGAGGACCCUGAUUUCACAUGGGAAGUGGUUAAGCCUCUCAAGUGGGAAAAGGCCUAAGCAAUUCAUUCCACCGCGCUGUGUUUUGAGCGUUGCUCAUGUGAUAGCAAAUAUUCAAAACGUUCUGUGUCCCUUCUUCCUCUUCCUAUCCGUUCUCUCAUUUUGUUUCUUUUGUGUACUUCAUUUAUAAUUUUUAAAAAAAAGUGUAGCCUGUAUGCCCAACCAAUGUAUCUCUUGUUGCCAUAUAAAAAAUAUACUAUCCAUUAGGGUAUGGAUUCUAGGAA